UUGAUGCAGUUAAUUUUUUUCUCUUAAGGCUGUUGGAAGUUCCUUCACUUUGUGUACAGAAGGGACAACAUGUGACCGAAUGCUUCUGGAGCUCUAAACUUUAGAUAACUGUGUUGUGGUUGGUUAAGUUUAACCGUAAAACCCAUGCCGUAAUGCGAGUGUUUAUAAGUGACGUCAGCAGGAUGUAUAGAUGUAAACACAGUUCAUUGAGAUGGAUAGUAGUUAUAGCAGUCCUGUUUAUAAAACUGCAUUCUGUUACCUCCAGUUCAUCCGUGGAAGUUCAAGUGAAGGUUGACAAGCCACUCCGAAACCUAAAGCACUUUUGGAGAAGCACUGGAUUCUGUCCCCCACAGCCCCACACCGACGCACACCUGUAUGAUCUCAGUAUAGACCAACAGAUAAACCUGGCAUUGAUUGGCUCUGUGCCACACAGAGGAAUCCAACAGGUGCGAAUACACUGGAUGCUGGAGCUGGUUUCUGCACAGGUUUUCAAUGGAGAAUAUCACUAUAACUUCACUCACUUAGACCAAUUGCUUGACCUUCUGUGGCAGAAUGGACUGCAGCCGGGGUUUGAACUGAUGGGCAGUGUGUCCAAUGCCUUCGGCAACUUUGAGGACAAAAGACAGGUUACUGAAUGGAGGAAUUUGGUGUAUUUGAUUGCCAAAAGAUGCAUAUGGAAAUACGGUCUGGGCUCUGUCUCUGAGUGGAACUUUGAGACGUGGAAUGAGCCAAACAAUCACGACUUUGAUAACAUCACUGUGUCAAUCCAAGGGUUUCUGAACUAUUUUGAUGCCUGUUCUGAGGGGCUUCGCGCAGCGAGUCCACUGUUGCGGUUUGGGGGUCCGGGAGACUCCUGUCACUUUCCCCCUCGUUCGCCGUACUGCUGGGAGAUGCUAAAGCACUGUUACAAUGGCACGAACUACUUCACUGGAGAGACGGGAGUCCGGCUAGACUAUAUCGCUCUACACAAAAAGGGAGGGGGAAGCACAUUACCGAUCCUGCAGCAGGAAGUAGCCACAGUGCAGGAGAUCCAGCAGCGGUUUCCUCAUUUUCGGUCUGUGCCGAUCUACAAUGAUGAGGCAGAUCCACUGGUUGGCUGGAAUAAACCGCUCACCUGGAGAGCAGAUGUCACCUAUGCAGCCAUGGUGGUUAAGGUGAUCUCACAGCAUCAGAACCUGCUCAUUGCUGACCAAAACAAUACAAUCAACUACACGCUUCUUAGCAACGACAAUGCUUUCCUUAGUUACCACCCGCACCCGUUUACCCAGCGCACUCUCACCGCUCGAUUCCAGAUUAACAACACAAACCCGCCGCAUGUGCAGUUAUUAAGGAAACCAGUCCUGACUGUGAUGGGCCUUUUGGCACUUUUAGGUGAGACUCAGGUGCAUGCAGAAGUCUUGACUGAUGGUUCUGGAGUGAACACUUCAGUAGGUGUGCUGGCCAGCGUUCAUGUCCCUCAGGUGCCGUACACAGCUGAUAGCUGGCAGACCACAGUCCUGUUAUAUAACAGCAGAGAUAACCAGACCUUUUCCACCAGUGACAUCAUCACUCUGCGCCUCAGUGGAAUACCGCAACACAGGGGACUAAUGUAUGUGACACACUACAUGGAUAAUAAUGUGACAAACCCAUUUAAGCUGUGGGAAAACAUGGGCCGACCAGACUACCCCACUGUACAACAGUUCACACAGCUACGGAGCCAAGAGGAUCCACAGACUGUUGGACCCCUUCCAGUCCCCUCUGAUGGCUCUUUGAUGCUCAAGACAAGUCUUCCUGUGCCCUCAGUGCUGCUCAUACAUAUGUGCGCACAGUCUAAAGAAGUGCCCGACCAGGUGAAUGGGGUUCGUUUCAUCACUAUCACUAAAGACCAAGUUUUGAUUGUUUGGAAGGAUCAUUGCAUCGGCACAAAGUGUAUAAAGACAUACGAAGUGGAGUUUUCCAAAGACAAUAGCGCUUUCGAGAGGAUUAAUCACAGAGACACAAUGUUUACACACUUCACUUAUUCACCAGAGAGUCUGGACGUGAAUGGUUACUAUAGAGUGCGAGCCGUCGAUUACUGGGGAAGAAAGGGGGAAUAUUCUGUCACAGAGAAGUAUUAGAAGAACUAGCAUUCUUGCAGAGCCAGAGUUUUGAUUAUUGGCAUUCAUUUUGGCCACUCUGCAGCGUGUUUUAGCCAAAACAACUCCCAGUUAGACAAGUGAUUGUUUGACUGACACAAAGUGACCAACUACAGUUAAUUUUGUUUUUACAUGCUAUUAAGGACAUAGUCUUGUUCCAGGGGCGGCUGUGGCUCAGGUGGUAGAGUGGGUUGGCCACAAAUCGCAGGGUUGGUGGUUCGAUUCCCAGCCCACACGCCGAAGUGUCCUUGGGCAAGACACUGAACCCCAAGUUUCUCCCAAUGGCAGGCUAGCGCCUUGCAUGGCAGCUCUGCCCUCAUUGGUGUGUGAAUGGGUGUAUAAAUGGAUGAAUGAGACGCAGUGUAAAGCACUUUGAAUACCGCGAAUGUAUUUGUCUUUAUUAUUAUUACUAUUUGUCUUUUCAUAUGACUUUCAAAUAGUUUUUUUUGCUUCAAAAUUAAGUUUGUAAUGUUGUGAUUCACCUCUGAGCUGGUUGGUUCGGUUCAUGGCUUAGAACACUAUGAAGGAUUAUAAUCAAAUGGAAAGAAACUUACGGAACCAAGAUGGCUGAAAAAGUGGGCGGGCACUGUUGUGCUCUAUAUGCAUCAAAUGAUCUGUAGGUAAAGCCAUCCCAAGCUAAGGAAAGGUUUUGAAUGUUUAAUCCUGGAUUACGAAUCUAGCUUGGCCUGUAUGAAUUAUUUUUGAGUUGCAACAAUUUGAGAUUUUACAGUUUUCUUCAUGCGAUUAUGGGAACCAUUUUAAUUGUAAAUGCUGCUCUGUGAACAUUUUCUGUCUCAGCCCACACGAUCACAUUUUGAAGGAUCUGAACAAUCCAGUUGUUUACAUUAUAUAAAAAAAUUAUGAAAAUAUGGUACAUUAAUAAAUGUUUGUCAAUCUUAACUUUGAUUCAAUGUUUUGUUUUAUUUUUACAUUAAAUAUACUUUGUUAGUAUCAUAUUGAAACAUUUUAUCAUUACUGAUUAAAGAACAAACCAGUAUCAGAGAUCAAUGUCAUAUUAAUAUUUGCAUGCAUUGACAAAUUAUUUCACAAAAUGAGGUAUUGAGACAAGUCUGGCAUGAUAGGUCACAGGAAAACAGUGUAGUUUGUGGAAAAGGCAUUGUAAAAGCAAAAUGGCAGAAAACAAGUCUUAAUUCAGAUUUACAAUGGAAACAAUACAGGCUUCAUUUUG